CCGCCUGGAUUUGCUGCUGGGCGCUCGCCGGCUGCCAGGCGGCCUGGGCUGGGGACCUGCCCUCCUCCUCCAGCCGCCCGCUUCCUCCUUGCCAGGAGAAAGAUUACCACUUUGAAUAUACAGAAUGUGAUAGCAGUGGCUCCAGGUGGCGAGUUGCCAUUCCGAAUUCUGCGGUGGACUGCUCUGGCCUGCCUGACCCAGUGAGAGGCAAAGAAUGCACUUUCUCCUGUGCUUCUGGCGAGUAUCUGGAAAUGAAGAACCAGGUAUGCAGUAAGUGUGGCGAAGGCACCUACUCCUUGGGCAGUGGCAUCAAAUUUGAUGAAUGGGAUGAAUUGCCAGCUGGAUUUUCCAAUGUUGCGACAUUCAUGGACACUGUGGUCGGCCCUUCUGACAGCAGGCCAGAUGGCUGUAACAACUCUUCUUGGAUUCCUCAUGGAAAUUACAUAGAGUCAAAUCGUGAUGACUGCACGGUAUCUUUGAUUUAUGCUGUACACCUUAAGAAGUCGGGUUAUGUCUUCUUUGAGUACCAGUAUGUCGACAACAACAUCUUCUUUGAGUUCUUUAUUCAAAAUGAUCAGUGCCAGGAGAUGGACACCACUGCUGACAAGUGGGUAAAACUCACUGACAAUGGAGAAUGGGGCUCCCACUCUGUAAUGUUGAAAUCAGGCACAAACAUACUAUACUGGAGAACCACAGGCAUCCUUAUGGGCUCUAAGGCAGUCAAGCCAGUGUUGGUAAAAAAUAUCACAAUUGAAGGGGUGGCAUACACGUCAGAAUGCUUUCCCUGCAAGCCGGGUACCUUCAGCAACAAACCAGGUUCAUUCAACUGCCAAGUUUGUCCCAGAAACACCUAUUCGGAGAAAGGAGCCAAAGAAUGUAUAAAGUGUGCAGAGGACUCCCACUUUUCAGAGGAAGGGUCCAGCGAGUGUAUGGAGCGCCCUCCCUGUACCAUGAAAGACUAUUUCCAGAUCCACACUCCAUGUGAUGAAGAAGGAAAGACUCAGUUAAUGUACAAGUGGAUAGAGCCCAAAAUCUGCCGGGAGGAUCUCACAGAUGCUAUUAGGUUGCCCCCUUCUGGAGAGAAGAAGGAUUGUCCCCCUUGCAACCCUGGAUUUUAUAACAAUGGAUCAUCUUCUUGCCAUCCCUGCCCUCCUGGAAUGUUUUCAGAUGGAACAAAGGAAUGUAGACCGUGUCCAGCAGGAACCGAGCCUGCACUUGGGUUUGAAUAUAAAUGGUGGAAUGUCCUUCCUGGCAACAUGAAAACUUCCUGCUUCAAUGUCGGAAAUUCCAAGUGUGACGGCAUGAAUGGUUGGGAGGUGGCUGGAGACCAUAUCCAGAGUGGGGCUGGAGGUUCUGAUAAUGAUUACCUGAUCUUAAACUUGCAUAUCCCAGGAUUUAAACCACCAACCUCUAUGACUGGAGCCAUGGGUUCUGAACUGGGAAGAAUAACAUUUGUCUUUGAGACCCUCUGUUCUGCCGACUGUGUUCUGUACUUCAUGGUGGAUAUUAAUAGAAAAAGUACGAAUGUGGUGGAAUCAUGGGGUGGAACCAAAGAAAAACAAGCUUACACCCACGUCAUCUUCAAGAAUGCAACAUUUACAUUUACAUGGGCAUUCCAGAGAACUAAUCAGGGUCAAGAUAAUAGACGGUUCAUCAAUGACAUGGUGAAGAUUUAUUCUAUCACUGCCGCUAAUGCAGUUGAUGGGGUGGCGUCCUCAUGCCGUGCCUGUGCCCUCGGUUCUGAACAGUCGGGCUCAUCGUGUGUCCCCUGCCCCCCAGGCCACUACAUUGAGAAAGAAACCAACCAGUGCAAGGAGUGUCCACCUGACACCUACCUGUCCAUACAUCAGGUCUACGGCAAGGAGGCUUGUAUUCCAUGUGGGCCUGGGAGUAGAAGCACUCAGGACCACUCAGUUUGCUAUAGUGACUGCUUUUUCCACCAUGAAAAAGAAAAUCAGAGUUUGCACUAUGACUUCAGCCACCUCAGCAGCGUGGGCUCGUUAAUGAAUGGCCCCAGCUUUACCUCCAAAGGAACGAAAUACUUCCAUUUCUUCAAUAUCAGUUUAUGUGGGCAUGAGGGGAAGAAGAUGGCUCUCUGUACCAACAAUAUAACAGACUUUACAGUAAAGGAAAUGGUGGCAGGGUCAGAUGACUACACGAAUUUGGUAGGAGCAUAUAUAUGCCAGUCUACUAUUAUUCCUUCUGAAAGUAAGGGUUUCCGAGCAGCCUUGUCAUCACAAUCCAUCAUUCUGGCAGAUACAUUUUUAGGAGUGACAGUUGAAACUACAUUGCAGAAUAUUAAUAUAAAAGAAGAUAUGUUCCCAAUUCCACCUAGCCAAAUACCAGAUGUGCAUUUCUUUUAUAAGUCUUCUACAACUACAACGUCUUGUGCUAAUGGCCGAUCAACUGCUGUGAAAAUGAGGUGUAAUCCUGCUAAAGCAGGAGCAGGAGUGAUUUCAGUCCCCAGCAAGUGCCCAGCAGGCACCUGUGAUGGAUGUACAUUCUAUUUCCUGUGGGAGAGCGCUGAAGCGUGCCCUCUGUGCACAGAGCAUGACUUCCAUGAGAUUGAAGGAGCCUGUAAGAGAGGAUUUCAGGAAACCUUAUAUGUAUGGAAUGAACCUAAAUGGUGCAUUAAAGGAAUUUCUUUGCCUGAGAAAAAGUUGUCAACCUGCGAAACAGUUGACUUUUGGCUAAAAGUGGGAGCAGGUGUGGGAGCUUUCACAGCUGUUUUGCUGGUGGCUCUAACUUGCUACUUCUGGAAAAAGAAUCAGAAACUGGAGUACAAAUAUUCCAAAUUAGUAAUGACGACUAACUCAAAAGAGUGUGAACUUCCAGCUGCAGACAGUUGUGCUAUCAUGGAAGGAGAAGAUAAUGAAGAGGAAGUUGUAUAUUCCAAUAAACAGUCAUUACUGGGAAAACUCAAAUCCUUGGCAACAAAGGAAAAAGAAGACCAUUUUGAAUCCGUUCAACUGAAAUCCUCAAGAUCCCCAAAUAUAUGAAAAGACAGUGCUGUAGCCUUCAGACUAAUGAACAAAGAAACCUACUCUCUAGUUUUACAGGACCAUAGUAUAGAUCCUGUCAUCGUACCUGGCACGUUGGUGAUCUCACCGAGGAGGGCCAUGCCACUGAAAAGGGAAGGAGGUUGAAAUGUUUGAUUGCCUUAUCACAUGGUCAAGUAUCUUGCCAAAAAUAGGAAAGCAAAUGGUUUGGGUCUCAACUGAAGAUGAAGUUCAACUCAGGAAGAGGUUAAUCUGUAUAUACACAUAACUGAAAACCACCAGUGCACUGCUGAUGCAUGCCAUGUAAUUAAUGGGUAACUUUUAUUCUUUAUAACUUCUACGUACAAAGUGCUUUGGAGGGCAGAUGUGAGCAUAUGCAUUGUGAUCCCAUUUAUGUCUUGUCUUUGUUUAUAUUUUGGGGAAGAUUUGAAAAAUUUUUUAAGGUAUAAUUAUUUUUCCCAUUAUUUAUUUUCCUGACAGACCUUAAAACAUCUUUUCUAUUAAAAAUGGUGAACAAAGAAA